AUUCACGUUUUACUUUUAGUUUAGUUUAAGUUCUUGUGUGGAAAACAAGUGUAAGCGAACAUGGCGGCGGGUUUAGAAAAUUUGAGUGAGAGAGAUAAAGCUGUAUUAAGGAGCAUAUUCGAUCCUACGGCGACCAUAGCGCAAGUGGUAGAUGAUGGAGACCGAUUUGAGGAGGAUGACGACGAGCCAUCAAAUGAUGCUCAGAAGGAAUCAUCCAAGUUUUGCGCUGAAGGCGUUCAACUAGCAGAGGCUGGCAAGUUUGAAGAGGCAUUGCAAGUUCUUACGAAAGGAAUCGAAGUGGCACCAGGGCGUGCCGCCGCCUACAACGACAGGGCGCAGCUGUUGCGACUCAUGAACAGAGAUGACGAUGCAAUGGCCGACCUCGAUAAGGCUUUACAACUGACGGAGGGGCGAAAGGGCCGCGCACGCGCUUUGGCGCUGUGCCAACGCGGGGUGCUGUUACGGAAACGUGACGAGGGAGACUCGGCGCGUGCGUCCUUCACCGAGGCCGCUAAACUUGGCAGCGGGUUUGCUAAGAAACAGGUGGUAGAAAUGAAUCCAUACGCAGCCUUGUGUAAUCAAAUGUUGAGUCAAGUGAUGAGGGGCGAGACCGAAAUAAAACUUUAAAUCACAUGUUUUGUAACAUUAACAAUUCUGUAUAUAAUAUAUUUAGUACAAAUUGUUUUACUCACAAAUAAAUAUGUGUUUAUUAA